CCCUAAUUUCUACCUAUAUAUAUAUAUCUGAAUCUAGGUUAAUUAUUUCUUCUUCGUUUCAUUGUUCGGCCGCUGCUGUGAACUCGCACCUGCAUCUUCAACAAUGGCUUCCGAGAAGAAGCUUUCUAACCCAAUGAGAGAGAUUAAGGUCCAGAAGCUCGUUCUCAACAUCUCCGUUGGUGAGAGUGGAGAUCGUCUUACCAGAGCCGCUAAGGUGUUGGAACAAUUGAGUGGGCAAACACCUGUUUUCUCCAAAGCAAGGUACACUGUCCGUUCUUUUGGGAUCAGGCGUAAUGAAAAGAUUGCUUGCUAUGUUACUGUUAGAGGUGAAAAGGCAAUGCAACUCUUGGAGAGUGGUUUGAAGGUUAAGGAGUAUGAGCUUUUGAGAAGGAACUUCAGUGAUACUGGCUGCUUUGGUUUUGGUAUUCAAGAACACAUUGAUCUUGGAAUCAAGUAUGAUCCUUCAACCGGUAUCUAUGGUAUGGAUUUCUAUGUUGUUCUUGAGCGACCUGGAUAUCGUGUUGGUAGAAGACGCAGGUGCAAGGCUCGUGUUGGAAUCCAACAUAGGGUUACAAAGGAGGAUUCAAUGAAGUGGUUCCAAGUCAAAUAUGAAGGUGUCAUCCUCAACAAGGCUCAUAACGUUGGUAAUUAGUUUUUAAGAUUUGUUGUUUCUUGAGACUUUGAAAGAAGUUGGUUCUUUUGUUCUUCUUCUUAAAGAUUUGGAUUUUAGUACUUGCUUAAUUUAUCAUUUUGGAAUAUGAGGAUGUUUUAUGUUAUAUUUCAGAUUGCAUUUAUGUUUU